CCCGCCCCUGCCCAGCCCGCCUCACAGCGACGGCCCCGGUGCCCGUAUCCGAUAUGGCGAAGCGGCGGUUAUUUUCCAGUGUCAGGUGGUGAGAGGUGAAAGGCGGCGGCAGCGGCUCGAGGAAGAUGGCAGAAAGCGAAUGGCAGCCAGGUAAGGAAGAGAGCCACCCAGCCUCAGCCCCACCUUGGAGAGUGGCCUACCUUUCAGGGUUGUUGUAACUCCUUUCCGUGUCACGGGGACUUGCUCGCGAGGAGGGUUGCUGUGGGGCUACUCAGGACCGGCUCACCCAUGAGGCAAGGUGAGGCGACAGAAUGCACCAGAGCAGCAGAUCCCCAUGUCGAUCUUUCUCUCUCCCCCCCUUGUUUCUUCUCUUGCCCCUUCCCUGGUGACAUUUUGGGGUCUGACUCAGGUGGCAAAAUAUUGGGGCUACUCAGGGUAAGCCGAAUUGUUGUUGUUGUUGUUCUCAGGGUGAGCCUGAGCUGCUGCUGCUACAUUCUAUCCACGAUAAGUGGGUGUUGGCACCCCAUAACUGGAACCAAGCCUUGAGCUCCCCUAACACCACUGCUUCCAGGGUAUGUCCCCAAAGCGAGAGAAUGGGCAUUAAAAUGGCAAGUGCAGAUACAGUAUACGUAGUGUUGCAUGGCGGGGCAAAAUGCCGUAAAUAAACCCUAAUGUCACACAUGCUGCGUAAUGAGGUUUGUCCAGGAAAGAGAUCUCAAAGAUGUAGCGAGGAGCUCAGUGGUGAUGUGGACCCAGGGGUGGGGCACCUGUGAAUAGCUGGGGGGUGGGGUGGGGCGAAGGGUAAAUUCCAUGCUCAGGAUUGUUAGAAAAGGUGCUGAAAAUAAAACCGCCAAGAUCAUGAUGCCAUUAUGUAAAUGUAAUGCAUCGCCACAUUUGGGAUGCUAUGCACAGUUCUGCUCACUUCACCUAAAGAAAUGAAAUUGUGGAGCUGGAAAAGAUUCGGAAAAGGGCCAGUGAAAUUAUCCAGGGGGUGAGGAAAGGUUGCAAUGUUUGGGACUUUUAGGGAAAAGGUGAGGAAGAGGCAACUUGACAGAAGUUUAUAAAAUGAGGAACGGCAUGGAGAAAGUGAAGAGAGAAAAGUUUUCUCCCCUUCUCUGAACAUUAGAACUCAUGGGCAUACAGUGCAGCUAAAUGUUGGAAGAUUUAGGACAGAAUUUAAAAAGUCCUUCACACAGCACAUAGUUAGAAACCCUUCCUGUGGUUUCUUUCAAAUAGUACUGUGAAGCAUUACUGUCUCCAAGCAUGUCUUGCCAAAUGUGGAGGCAGAACUAGCCAUUGAUAGCCUUCUCCACCAUGAAUGUGUCCAAUCUUUUUUUAAAGCCACCCAAGUUGGUUGUCAUCAUUGGCUCUUGUGGGAGAGAGUUCCAUAGAUUAGCAAUGUGCUGCAUUUAGAAGUGCUUCCUUUUAUCUGUCCUGAAUCUUCCAGUAUUCAGCUUCAUGGGGUGUCCAUGCAGUCUAGUGCUGUAAGAGAAUGAGAAAAAACUUUUCUCUAUCCACUUUCUUCAUGCCAUGUAUAAUUUCAUUGAGUGCUUCUGCCUGGCUGGGAUGGGUCCCUUGAACUCUGAUAAUGGCCCUUGCUUGCCCGAAUGGAUGGAAGAGAGAGAUACAUGUGCAGAAACUAAUCACUUAUAUGACAGUAGAAUUUACAUUUGUUGCCCUACCCACUUUGGCCUGCGGCUCCACCCACCACUGGCAGGCAGACCCUGGGAGGUUGUCCAGACGGGAAUGCAAUCCUCAAGUUGAAAAGGGUUCCCUAGUUUUUCCCCCUAAACUUCAGGGUUGUUGUAAAGUUACUUGGAAGAAAGCGGGAUGUAGAUAUGGGCAACGAUACUCCACUGGUAACCAACUGCAGAUUUUCAUUUAGCAAUGUUGGGUUUAGAGUAUCAGGGACCAGGUCCCGCCCUACAGCCAGGAAGGUCAUCAGGUGACCUUGGGCCAGCAUAUCUCUCCCUUAGACCACAGAGGGCUUUCAUGUGGCUAAAACGCAGAGAAGGCGAGAAUGUGUCUGGUGGUAUAAGAUAAGAUCCACGCGCCGGAUGCGAUUAUUUUUGGCAGUGAAAGAUACAGACUGAAUGGCUUUGAUGCUUUGACACUCUGCAACCUUACUGGGAGAAAACUUAAGACACUGGCUGUCGCCUUUGUGGUUGGGGACCGAAAUCCUCUCUCUGUUCCCUGCACAUCUCGCCUCCCCCCUCCCCCCCUCCGUUGCUUUUCUGUUCCACUUCUCCUUUCCACGAUUCUUGGCUCCCUUGCGGCAAUGUGACUACAUUCACCUUGUUUUGCUGGAACAGGAAUGUAGAGCAGAGCCAUUCAUCCUUGAGAGCCCUCAACUUUAGAAAGGGAGCCUCCCUCUGUGCAGGAGCGGGAGGGGAUCAGGGCACUUUUGACAAGGCGCUGGGUGAGGGGAGUGCUUACCUGCUUCCUGGCUAAUGAGGAAAAAUGAACCAAACCAUCUACCUAGUCUGCUGGUGGUGGGCAGGAGGCUGAGUUCCUGCUGACUUUGCAGUUUGAUAAUCUGCAUUCUCCCCCCCCCACCCCCUUCCUGGCACUCAUCCAAAGGCCUCCAGGGACUUUAGAGUGCUUUGCAAGCUCUAAACCUCCUUUGAAAGCCAUCCGUGCCAGGGGUUUCUCUCUGGGCUGCAAGUUUGCUCCACUUUUAAGGCCAAAGUGAUUUGUGGAGACAGCUAUCUGAAAAGCAAGGGCGUCCUGUUUGCAUUUAGGCCCCUCUCCUGAGAGCGGUUGCGUUAAAUUUUACUUGCAUGUGCUAAUUUAUAGAAUCAUGGAACUGCGGAGUUGAAAGGGACCCCAUGGGCCUCUGCGAAGCAGGAAUCACAGCUAAAGAAUCCCUGACAGAUGGCCUCCCAACCUCCAAUUAAGGAGACUCAUUUCUUGCAAUUUGAAUCCACUGGUUUGGAUCCUGCUCUCUGGAGCAGCAGAAAACAAGCUAGCUCUGUCUUCCAAAUGACAGCCCUUCAGAUAUUUGAAAAUGACUAUCAGGGAACAGUGGAACAGACUUCCUUGGAAGCUGAUGGACUCUCCUUUACUGGAGAUUUUAAAACAGGUUGGCUCGCCACAUGUCAGGGAUUCUUUAGCUGUGAUUCCUGAAUUGCAGGGGAUUGGAUUAGAUGACCUUUGGGGGAUCCCUUCCAAUUCUCUGUUUCUGUGAUGCUGUAAGGUCAUCUAAGUUGGUAAGGUCAUCUUUGCCUCUACUGUGGGGGUGAGUUUCACAGCUGAACACUACUGAGUGAAGUACUCUCCUUUAUCUGUCCUGAAUAUUGGAUUUUAAUCAUGUUCCACAUAGGGAGUCAAUACGAAAGGUAAGUGGAUUUUAAUAAUGGCCUGAAAAUAUUUUCUUUAGAAAGGAACUCACAGUUGAGAACAUAGCAACAUCUUCACAGUCCAAAUGGUUUGAAUUCUUUCUCCUUCCAGAAUCCCCCGAGGAGGCAGCACUGCCUCCUCCCCACCGAAAUUUCAUGAUCCCCAAGAAGGAAAUCAACAUGGUUCCCGACAUGGGGAAGUGGAAACGCUCACAGGUACAGAAUGUUUGGUAUAUUUCUGGGGAGGUACCAUUGGCAUGUGGGUUGAGCAGGAAAUAGUUCCUGCUGAGGGGUCACUUUGGUAUCUCGGCUGUACCACCUGAGACUGAAGUUGGGAGGGGUCUCCUGUGUUAAAUCAGGGGAGGGGAACCUCUGGUCCUCUGCAUGUUGCUGAACUGCAACUCCUAUCGUCCUUGGACAGUUGGCCAUCCUUGCUGGGGCUGAUAGGAUUUGGAAUCCAACAAAAUUCAGAGGGCCACAGAUUCACCCCCCCUCUGGGUUAAAUGACACUCCAUGCUUUCUCUGCACAUAGAAAGCUAACCUGUCUGGGAGAAUGGUCCCACUUAGUCUGUGGCAGGGAGCUAAAAAAGCCAGCUUUCUACUUUCAAUCCUUUGCUGCUGCAGAAGACUGCUGUCUGUCAGCACAGAGUUGCUGGGAGGUUGGAGAAGAGUGGCAAAAUCUCAUUUUCCAACAUCCUUCAAUAUUGUGGCAGUGGAAUACUUUUAACUGACAGCAGCCUGACCCAAUCAAUCUCUGUCACAUUCCUAUCAAUUUUGUAUUCCAUAAGAACAUAAAGAAGAGUCCUGAUGGAUCAAGCCAAAGACCCAUUUAGUCUUGCAUCCAUUAAAUGUUGUUGUUGCUUAUUAAUCGCCUCCUAUGUAUGUCCCAAGGUGAUGUACAAAAUAUAACAAAAAUAUAAUUUAAAAACCACAGUUCUCACAGUGGCCAGUCAAAUGCUUCUGGGAAGCCCACAAACAGGACCCAAGUGCAACAGCAACACUCUCCCUGGUAUUCAGAGGCAUCUUGGCAGUGAAGGAAGAACAUAAUGGCCAUUGAUUUGUUAAAACUCCUGUUAUAAGAACUUAAGAAGAGCCUGGUUAUUGGAUCAGGCCAGAAGGCACCCAUGACAGUGGCCAUCAUCCCUGACUGUUGGCUCUUCUCACUAGGGAUGAUGGGAAUUUAGUCCAACAACACCUGGGAAAGUUGAGAAAGGCUGAUUCAGGGGGAAACUGCCUCUGACAUUGGAGGUUUAAUGUAAGAACCUAAGCAGGGCUCUUUUGGAUCAGGUCAGUGGCCCAUACAGUCCAGCAGCCUGUUUCCAUAGUGGCUGACCAGAUGCCCAUUAUGGGACGUCUGAAAGCAGGACCUCAACACAACAGCAACUUUCCUCACUUGUGAUUCCCAGCAACUGGCAUUCACAGGCACCCUGCUUCUAACAGUUAGCCAUUACAGCUAAUUCAAUGUGAUGAUUCUUAAAAUUUGCAGUUGUUUCAUGCCAAAUGCUUGUACCUCAUUUACUCAGUGCUGAUUCUGCUGGCCAUCUUGACUGCACUGGUGGAAAAGUGGGCAAUCAGUCUUAAGAAACGUGCCUUCUCCCUGGCACGCUUAUUCCCCAUGGAUCUCUCUCUCCCCAGGGCGGGAUAAGCAACAUUGCUGGAUUUUUCAUGGAAUGUUGUCUGGCUAAUGCUCCAUUCUUGCUUUCCCUCUCUUUGAUAUUAUUAUUAUUAUUAUUAUUAUUAUUAUUAUUAUUAUUAAAAUAGGCUUAUGCAGACUACACAGGCUUCAUUCUCAAGCUGAAUGAAAGCAUCAAGGGCAAGAAGCUGACUUGUGAAUACAAAGUCUCUGAGGUAAGGCAAAGUGUGAGGGCUCCAUGCUCUUCUCUUUUCCAGUCCAGGCUAGCACUUUUCCACCAAGCUUUUGAAUGGGCUAAUUUUUAUUUAUUUUUUGGCUGCUGUUGCUGAAUUUGUAUUUUAUCCAAUUCUAUUUUUUAGUUCUGAGUUUGAUUUUGGGGUUGCUUCAUUUAUAUAUUCUUUCCCAAGGCCAAAAAGUCUCCAAGCAUCUGGUGCAUCUAGCUCAGAACUGUCUACACUGCCUGGAAGAGGCUUCCCCAAGAUUUCAGGGAGGGGAUAUUCCCAGCCCUACCUGGAGAUGCCAGUGAGGAUUGAACUGAUGACCUUUUGUGUGCAAAGCAGAUGUUCUGCUGCUGAGCAAUGGCCCCUUCCCCUGAGAAAUAAAGCAAAAUUUUAGUCCUCAUGGUUCUGAAUAAUGGCCUCGGUUAAAGCUUUCUUAUACUGAGUAAGACCAUUGGUCCAAAUAGUUCAGUGUUAUCUACGCUGAUUGGCAGCAGCUUUCCAGGGGUUGCAGGCAGGGGGACAUUCCCAGCCGUACCUGGAGCUGGCGUCAAGGAUUGAACCUGCAACCUUCUGCGUGCAAAAAAGAAAUUGUGCUGCUGGAAUCAGCCUUGUACUGAGUCAGAGCGAUGGUUGUCUGUAUCAGUACUGUCAACACUGGCUGGCAGUGGCUCUCCAGGGUUUCAGGCAGGAGUUUCUCCUAGUCCUACCUGGAGAUACCAUUGAGGAAUGAACCUGGGACCUUUUGCAUGCAAGGCAUGAGCUUUAAGACUUAGAUGUGCCUCCUUCCCUAAAAAUAGAGAGUCUAGUCCUCAUAGUUCUAAAUAAAAGGCUGGAUUAAACAAACACAGGAAGAUGUUUUAACCUGAGUCGGACCACUUGUCCAUCUAGUUCAGGCAGAAGAAAUGAUGGCUCUUGGCUUGGAGAUAGCAUGAUGCUGUCAAUUUCCCCCAUUACUCUCUCCUCCUGCUGCUCCUGCAAUGCUUCAAGGGCUAGAAAAGCUGCUGGACUUGGCACUUCCCCACGGCCUUCUGACACAGCAAAGGAUCAAAUUCAGCCUUGGGAGACUAGAGGAUUUCUCACGCACGAGGCCUCCGGCAAAGUCAGAGGAGUUGCUCCUGCUGUUUUUGUCCUUUGUCUACUCUUAAAGGAGGAAUUCCUUCCCAGAGUAUGUGCUGCCCUUUGGAGCGGCAGCAUUGCAAGCCCCUACCCCCCAUCAUUCAGGAACAGAAAAUCCCCCACAUCCCAAAUGAACAUUUUUAAAAAGUAUAUACAAGAGGAUCUGCAGGGCAUCUUCUCUUCCUGAAAAGAGUUGGUUCCUAUUCACAGCACUAGCUAGCCCACCCCACUUAUUGGAACUCCAUUCUGUACACUCUUCUGAGUUUCAUUUUUUUUUGUUUUGAAAAGAAUGCUCAGCCCUCAUUGUGCUAAUCUUUGUGGGAUGUAUGGGGGAAAGGGUUGCCUCGUUAGUUGUCCUUUUUUAUUAAUAAAUAAUAAUAAUGGUGUAGUUGUUGGAGUUAUAUAGACCAGGACCUGGGAGAGACCAGGGUUCAAAUACUCCCACCUGGUCUUGAAGCUCACUGGCUUUGACCUUGAGCCAGUCACUGCCUUUCUCAGCCUAACCUACCUCACAGGGGUGUUGUGAGGAUUAAUUGAGGAAGGAGGGAACCAUGUGUGCCACCUUGAACUUCUUGAUAGAAAAAAAGGUGGGAUAUACAGUGGUACCUUGGUUUUCGAAUGUGAUCCGUUCCGGAAGACGGUUCAAGUUCCGAAACGUUCGAAAACCGAAAACUCAAUAGCUGACAGCUAGGCCUCCGCAUCUUGCACUCAGCGGAAGCCACAUGGCAUGUUCAACUUCCAAGAUGUGUUCGAAAACUGAAGCAUUUACUUCUGGGUUUAUGGCGUCCGAAAACCAAAACGUCCGACUUUUGAAACGUUUGAAAACUGAGGUACCACUGUAAAUGCAAUAGAUGAAAUAAAUAAAUAAGAAAUAGUAAGUUCUGCCAAUGAUCAGCUUGGGACGUGUGCUGAUGUUUUGAAACAUUUGGUCUCUGGUGAGCAGGAUGUGUGAUGUGUUUGUGUCUGCCUUCUGCCUAAGUAGACUCCUCUCCCUUCUCUUGUCAGCCAAUUGAAAAGCUGAUUGAUCUCCUGAACACGCUUGACAGGUGGAUUGACGAGACCCCACCAGUGGACCAGCCAUCUCGCUUUGGGAACAAGGCUUUUCGGACGUGGUACACCAAACUGGACCAGGUAAAGCAGUAAGUGUGUGUCUGUGUCUGUUUCUGUGGUAGUGAAUGGAGUUGCCCAAUUCUCUUCUAGCUUCAUUUUCAUAGAAUUGUAGAGUUGGAUUGUGGAGUGUCAUAUCAUUGUAGUGUGUCCUAUGAUUCAGGUAUUGCCUUAAAGCCAUUUGCUUUUGCUUGGUUUCCUCUGCACACGUUCCUGCUUGUCAACAAUCUUUUUAAACUGUGGUGCCCAGAACUGGACGCAGUAUUCCAGGUGUGAUCUAACCAAGGCAGAAUAGAGUGGUACUAUGGCUUUGCUUGAUCUGGAUUUUGUUCAUGGCCAAAGGAAAUCUUUUUAUUUGGCUCUUGCAUUGAAGAGGAAAGGGUUCUACCUUUGGCAUAGUUUGACUUGCUUAUUUUCCUGUGUACAUAAAAGCACCCAGAUACGCCUGUUCUCUUCUUCACCACCACCUGGUAGUCUGAUUUGGUACUUCCUAACAAGAGCUGUACCACGUUGGCUCUGUUUUUUAAUUUUUGUGUCAUAUAAUUUAUACAGUGGUACCUCGGGUUACAUAUGCUUCAGGUUACAUACGCUUCAGGUUACAGACUCUGCUAACCCCAAAAUAGUACCUCGGGUUAAGAACUUUGCUUCAGGAUGAGAACAGAAAUCGUGCUCCGGCAGCACAGCGGCAGCAGGAGGCCCCAUUAGCUAAAGUGGUGCUUCAGGUUAAGAACAGUUUCAGAUUAAGAACGGACCUCCGGAACGAAUUAAGUACUUAACCCGAGGUAUCACUGUACACCACUUAAUUUUUUUUAAACCCCCAAAGCUGUUUACAACAAGAAUAAAACAAUAAAAUUAUUAGUAAAAACAACUCUUAAAACAUAAAAAAAAUAAAAGCAGCAAUAAGCUUGAAACCAAUCCAAACACAAACUUGUGUUAUACAUGUCUAGGUUAGGCUUGUCUAAGUACAAAUGUUUUUUGCGGGUGCCAAAAGCAUUCAGUGAAGGUGCUUACCUGGUGUCAAUAGGCAGGGAGCUCCAAAAUGUGGGCACUGCCACACUAAAAUGUCUUGCAAAUUGGCUCUGAGAUGCAUGGUGAAUUAUUAUCAAGGGAUAGCAGCCUCUUUUCAGCAAACACAAUAAAAAAUAUUUUGGCGCCUUUAAAAAAGGAAAAGAAAAGAGACUAGCAGAUUUUUUAACUCAUAAACUUCUCCCCCUUUUUGAUUAAACCCUCCUAGUGGUGAAAUCUCCCUAAUUACAUUAAAGGAGGAGCUGAAAGCUAUAAGAAAAAGGGGGUGGGGAGAGAGAAGGGCAGUGAUCUGACGCUUCUCAAAGUUUGAGUGUGGGAAUAGCACCUGACCAACCUAACACCCUGGCUGUUUGUUCUUUUAGGGGGCUGAGAACCUGGUGGCCACUGUGGUUCCGAGUGAGCUGUCAGACGCCAUCUCCGAAGUGGCAGUGUACCUGAAGGAGUCAGUGGGCAACUCUACUCGUAUUGACUAUGGGACAGGUAUCUGUCAGGGGAUGAGCAGACUGACCUGGAAGCUUUUCCCCACCCUCCCUGCUUCAGUAAAGGGGCCUGGACCAUCCCAGGUGGCCUGCUGGAUGUCCUGGAAGCUGCUCUGCUGAUGCCUCUGGGAAACCUGCAAGGUGGACAGGCUGUUCCCUGGCAACCAGUAUUCAGCAGCAAAAUGCCUCUGAUUAUAGAGACACCCAUCUAGCCAUCAGGGCUGAUUACUGUUGUGGGGUGGUCAGCACCCAUCUUUUAUAGCAUCCUGCUCCUAAAGGGAUUUCUCUCUAUUCCCAGCAAGACUCAGAGAUUGGAGAGGGAGCAGUAAUGGGCUCUUUGGGCUCUUUCUGCUCAGACGUGGUGUUACAAAAUCUGUUUUGCUUUCAAAAUAGCACCUUCUUCUGCAGGAGGAGGCUUUCUUAGAUUUGCUUGACUGCUAAUGUGUAAUAAAAGCAACGAACAUUAAAAUGACUGCUGAUCUUCAAAAUGCCCACGAGCUGGGCAAGCAGAUUUGGUGUGCCAGUUAAAUGUUUAAAAAACCCCACCUCCAGGCACGUCUGUUGUCUAGUCGGUUGCAAAACUGCUGUUGGUCACGAGGUGGUGCUAUUGUAUUGCUGUUAAAAGUGAAGAUUGUUCAAUGGCGGUUCUCACUUUGUAUGGCAAGCCUGCUGUUUUUCCUUUUGAGGUUGAUAGUUAUAAAGGUUGUUGAUUUCUUUCCUCCUCUUUUUUAUUGAAUUUUAUUGAAAAUUUUCAGUGGACAAAAUAGGUGAAAGAAAUGAAACAAAAACAAAAAGGUGCUUGAAACUGUAAUACAAUACGAUACAUAAGUAUAUAAGUAAUGUUAUUAUUCCAAUGAGUAUACAAUUAUUAACAAGUCAUUAUAAUUUUUAUAAAUGCAUUCCAAAUAUCGUUAUAUUUAUCCACACACAACCUGCAUCUUAAAAGUAGUCCAUUCAUAUAUUGCAAGAGUUGUCAUAUCUUCUAUCCAUUGAUCAAAGGGGGCCAUAGUAUUAGCUUUCCAGUGUCCACGCUGACCAGUUGUCAAACCCCAUAUCAUUGGUAUGUGGUGUAGGAUAAUAUUUUAAUCUGACAAUUUUAAUUUCCACCCCCUCCUCCAAAUAGAAUUUAUACAGCCUAAUACUUACCUCCAAGGGAUGCGGGUGGCGCUGUGGGUUAAACCACAGAGCCUAGGACUUGCCGAUCAGAAGGUCGGCGGUUCGAAUCCCCGUGACGGGGUGAGCUCCCGUUGCUCGGUCCCUGCUCCUGCCAACCUAGCAGUUUGAAAGCACGUCAAAGUGCAAGUAGAUAAAUAGGUACCACUCUGGCGGGAAGGUAAACGGCGUUUCCGUGCACUGCUCUGGUUCUCCAGAAGCGGCUUAGUCAUGCUGGUCACAUGACCCGGAAGCUGUAUGCCAGCUCCCUCGGCCAGUAAAGCGAGAUGAGCGCCGCAACCCCAGAGUCGGCCAUGACUGGACCUAGUGGUCAGGGUCCCUUUACCUUUACCUUAAUACUUAUCUCCAAAAAAUCGUAGGUGGAUAAACCAUGCAUUCCUUUUUAUAAACAAUAUCACUUGUUGUGCUCUAAUUGCCAACAUUGUUGUUAAAAUCUUUAUAUAAACGUUAAACUAAUGAAAUUGGGUGGUAAUGAGCACAUUGAGUGUGGUCUUUGUCUGGUUUUGGUAUAACAGCAAUAUUUGCUUGAUUAAACAUCGUUGACAGAAUUCCCCUAUCAAAUAUCUCGUCAUAUAAUUGGCAAAGUUUUGGUGCUGAAAGAUCUACAUAUAUUUUAUAUUGCUGAAUAGGAAAUCCAUCUAAGUGUUUUACCACUAGCCAACUAUAAAAUUGUUUUCUUGAUUUCUAUUUCAGAUUUUGGGUUUAUUAAUAGUUGUUUCUGUAUAUCAUUUAGAUAUGGUAUUUUUUUAAAAAAAACCUGUAUCUUCAUUCACUAUUUUCUUUUGAUUGUUAUAUAAUUCUGAAUAUAUAUAUAUUUAAUAAUUGAUUAUUAAUAGUGAUUGAAUUUUUAUAUACUUAUUGAAUUGAAUUUUUAUAUAAUUUUUCUUUUGACUUUUUCUAUUUUUGGAUAUAUAAUGUAGUUCCUAAAAACUCCAACAAGUUCAGAAAUCCUGCAAAUACUAAGCUGAUCCAUUAAAUUCAGUUCUGUUAGACAGAGUAUGCACAUAGUUCCCAGAUUGGGAAUAAGCCUCAAUUCUGUCAACAGAAAGAAUUUUUUUAAAGUGCUUGCGUGAAUGAAACAAAACCUUAUAGAUAGCAUUUUAUUUUUUUUAAAAAACAAGUUGCAAAAAAGAAAGUAAAUAAAAUGAAGAACCGCACCACAAAUAGUAAUGAAAAAAAGAAAAGAAGAAGAAAAAACAAACAAAAAUGCAAGAGAAAAAGCAAAAAAAUUGACCUGCUUGACUCAAGUUUGUGACAUCCCUUUAUUCUUAACAAUGAAAUUACAGGUCACUCUUGAGAAGAUAAUAAUAUUAAUAAAAAGAAGAAAGGGGGGGAGCCAUCUUAAAAUAUUUUACAGAAUAGAAAGGAAAAAUGCCUAAGCACUUAAUUCAUGACAAAAUAUGCUUCAGUAUAUGCUUUCCUGCUUCCUACAUUUCUGCCCUUGGCGAUUGAAAGGGCCUAGCAGGCUGUUUACCUAGAUCCAGGCCUCACUUGCCCCAUACGUGACAUCAUGUGUGUGGCAGGUGGGCUGGAGAAAGCAGGACUGAGCUUUCCUGUGCAUUAGCUGACAUGCACAGGAUUCAGUCUUGCUUGGGGAGCUUCUCUCCACCUCCCCAUCAUCAAGUGCCAACUUUACCAGGUUAGGCAGGACAACCUGCCAUCAUUAUUGUGCCAGAUGAUUGACUGGUGGGUGAGAUAAAGAUUUGGCCUCCCAGGACAAAAACGUCCCCAUCUUAAACAAUGUUGCUUAUAUGCUUGUACUCAUCCUGUGUUUCCCAGCUCUCCAGAUUAAGAUUGGAAGCUCCUUCAGGCAUAGAAUUGUCUCUCCCCCACCUUAGUGUGUGUGAAACUUGGUGUAGCCCCACAUUCAUAGGUGUCUCUCUGCAUAAAUGGUUGAGAAGUGCUGCCUCCUUCACUACAGAUCCUCUCAGUUGCUGAAGUCGGCAGAGGGGGCUGUCAGGGAGGGGCUUCUCUGUGGUGGUCCCUAAGCUGCAGCACUCGUUCCCUACAGAGGUAUGCCUAGCAUCUUCAUUGCACAGCUUGCAGCAAAUGCUGAAGACACACCACUUUAUCCUGGUCUUUUGAUACUUGAGGUGUAUUUUUUUAGGACCCACCUUAUUUCUGUGAUUGUAAAUUGUUUUAAACUGUUUUUUAAUAUUGUGUUUUAAUGCUGUCAUCCACUCUGGGACUUUAGGGUGAAGGGUGGGCAAUAAAUAAAUAAAGGUAGCCAUGUUAACAUGUAGCCCUCCAAAGCAUCAUGCAAGUGCAGAGUGUUUUCGUCCUGAAAAUUGUUCCCCUUCCUGUCCUUUCAUCUCAGGUCAUGAAGCAGCGUUUGCUGCCUUCCUCUGCUGCCUUUGCAAAAUUGGAGUUCUCCGGGUGGAUGACCAGCUGGCCAUUGUCUUCAAAGUGUUCAACAGGUGAAGCUGGUGUGUGUGUGUGUGUGUGUGUGUGAAAGAGAGAGAGAGAGAGAGAGAGAGAGAGAGAGAGAGAGAAAGGGCUAAAAAUCGACCCUGUGGUAUCUGAAAGUGGGUUUUUAAUAAUGGCUCAGCCCAGCAGAGGACGAAGCCUCUGCUACAGUCUUGCAUGAGAGGGAUGGGGGGAGGGGAGAGAAGAAUAAGUAAUCACUCUCACCACCUUAUGGUCAAGAGAGCAGUGAGAGGCUCAAAGGCUUUGUAGGCAAGGCCUCAUGAGAGCACCUUAGAGAGGCUUCCCUGGGGACUAGUCAUUUAUUUAAUAGAAUUUAACAAUCCCCCUCUUCCUCCAGGUAUUUGGAAGUCAUGCGGAAGCUGCAGAAGACCUAUAGAAUGGAACCGGCUGGGAGCCAAGGAGUCUGGGGCUUGGAUGACUUCCAGUUCCUUCCCUUCAUAUGGGGCAGCUCACAACUGAUAGGUAACCAGGGAAAGCUUCCCCACUGCCAACUCCAUCAGCUCCCCAACCAGGGCUUAUUCCAUUAAAAAAGAAAAAGAAAAAAAUAAUUUUUCAAUCAGGCACCCUAAGGCAAAUUGCACCCUCCUUUUCCACAUUUCCUCCAUUGCCUUGCAUGGGAAGUAAUGGUCAAAAUGAUCUCUCCGUUACCUUGCAUGGGGGUCCUCAAACUGUCUGGUGGGAGAAGCAGCUGCCCCCUCGCCCUUUGCCAGGGACCCUUAGAAUGCUAGCCUGUUGAUACAUCUUCUCUUCUGUGAAAUUUGUUCCAUUGUGGCGAAGGGGUUGAGGGAUGGGCCUAAUUUUCCCCUUUCCUUUGCUAUUUGUAACUCUGAUCAAAGCUCACAGUACAGCCAACCUCAAAUAUUACCCGUGCUCCCUGUUAACGAGUGAUCAAAAGUGCCCAUUUUGUUGCUGGUUAAGAGAGGACCCUGCUUCUGUUGCGUAAGAAGUGAUGAUGGGCUUUUACCUAGAACAAUUCUCUAACCCCCAAUUUGCCACACUAAGCUGGGGGGAUGUGUGGUCCCGAUAAGCCUUCGGCAUCUAAAUGGAAACUGUCCUGAAACAUAAUGCUUCCUUCUCAGAUCACCCAAACCUGGAACCUCGACAUUUUGUGGAUGAGAAAGUGGUGAAUGAAAAUCAUAAAGACUUCAUGUUUCUUGAGUGCAUCCUAUUCAUUACAGAGGUGAGACUGAGUCCCACCCCCAAUCUUUGCUACUGAAUCAUUUUAUGAGAUUUUUCAAAGAUGCAUGCUUUUGUAGAUUCCUGCAUUGGGGGGGGGGGGUUGAACUCAAUAACCCUUGGGGAUUCCUUCCAACUGUGCAGUUUUAUGAUUCUAUGCCAGAUCAUAUCUGGGCUCCUUCCCUCCACUUCCUAACCCUCCUAUCUGCGCUUUGUGAGAUCUCCUUUCCAACAUUCUUAUGGGCAAGGUUCCAACAGUAUCAACCUCAAAGCACAUUAGCAAAAGAGAGAACCCCAAAGACAGAGAACUCAGGAAGCUGAGAGAGAGAGGAAGGUAGAAGCAAAGGAUAGGAAUGUACCCCUGCCAAUAGCAUGAGCUUCUUCAACAUCUUGGCCACUGUAAGAACAGAAUCCUGGACUAGAUGGGUCUUUGGCCUGAUCCCUUAUGCUUCCUGGCACCUGGUGGGUACCUAGUUCUUUAAGGCGUCUGAAAGGAAUUGAAACUGCUGACAUGCUAAUGUUAUGGUACAAAUUACAGUGCAACAGUAUUUGGAAUAAUGUGUAGAGUUCUGGCCAUCAGCCUCAAAACGGAUGUUGUAGAGUUAGAAAAGAUUAAGAAAACAGCAAGCAGAAUGAUCAAGGGGUGUGUGUGGAGUGACUCACCUAUGAAGAAAGAUGGCAGACUUUUUAGAGAAUGUGUAUAGAAAAGCCACAUUUAAAUGGGGGGAGGACCAUAAUUCAUUGGUAGAGUACCUGCUUUGUGAGCAAAAGGUUCCAGGCUGAAUCCCCAGUGGCAUCUCCAGGUAGAGCUGGGAAUGUCCCCUGCCUGAAGCCCUGGAGCGCUGCUGUCAAUUGGUGCAGGCACUACUGAACUGGAUGGGCUAAUGGGCUGAUUCAGUAUUCUUCCUUAAUUCAGUCCUUUAUUCAGAACCAUAAGGACUAGAAUCUUACUUUAUUUUUUGGGGGGAGUAGUGCCGUGGCUCAGUGGUAAAGCUUCUACCUGCUUUGCAGGUAGAAAGCCCGAGGUUGAUUCUCCAAUGACAUCUCCGAGUAGGGCUGUUUCCUGCUGAAACCCUGGAGAGCCUCUGCCAGCCAGUGUAGACAGUACUGAGCUAGGUGGACCAGUGGCCCAACCCAGUAUAGAGCAGCUAUAGGUGGACCAGUGGCCCAACUCAGUAUAGAGCAACUUUCUGUGUAAAGCCUUGCCCUAGCAGUUUGCAGAGGGCUUCAUGGUCCUCAUUCCAUAGUGUCUUGUGUACGGAUGGUGGUCAUUCCUGUUUAAUUUUUAAAAACAAAGUUAUUAGGGAAGGGAAGGAAAGAAAUGAUGUUGCAUGACUUGCCUAGGGCCACCGAGCAGGGUGGCUCUUUUCCAGCUGGGCCUGAGUCCAACCUGCCUUUUUUUGUUGAUCAUGCUGGCUUUUCUUGAGCUUAAGACCCACCUGAUAUUUGCAAACCCUGCUCUUAGGGAUGCAAUGGAAUGUGCUCCCUCUUCCCUCUCCUCCUUGCUACUUUGGAGAGCAUUCACAAUGUUCUCAGCUUGGGUGCUCUCCCAAAAGAAACAUCCUUUUAACAAAGGGUUAUCUUUCUCCUUGGUGGGCAUUUCCCUUUUGCCUUUUCCUCUGCUAGGCCACUAGAUGCCGCCAGAGUACUAUCUUUGGUGUCUGCCAGCAUUGAGAGCCCUCUAUCGGCAUCUAGUGGAUGAGCAUGAUCAUUGCAACACCAACAAAAUAAUAUGGAAGGAAUUUUAUUUACGUGUUCUACUCAGGGAGAGGAAACAACCCUCUAGUUUCUGCUUCCAAACUUCAUUGCUCAAUAAGCACGCUCGGCUGAUUGGUUGAGCCCCCUCAAGUUACAGCUGUCAUACCAAAGCAAUCAUUUGGGAGGAAAUAUGACUAUUGCCCCAAUCUCUUGUUUCCCUAAACAGGGCACUGUUCUGAUGUCAGCUACUUGCCAUGAGUUUGGACCUAGACAUCCUGGUGGUGCUGUCUGGGUAUUGCUGGACUUGUAACUCCAAACAUCCAUGGCCAUUGGCCAUGCUGGCUGGCGGUAGGGGUGGUAGGAGCACUGGCGAGAGAAGCGCUGCCAGCCUGGGGAAGGCUGGGUUGGUUGUUGGAUUUUUUAUUUUUAUUUUUCGAAACUUCCCCCAUGCCUCUAGGUGUCUUCAAAUGCUAGAACAGCACCCCUUUCAAAUCACACCCCUCGUUCCCCUGGGGUUGGGGAACAUAAGAAGAGCCUGAUGGAUCAGGCUAGUGGCCCACCUAGUCCGGCAUCCUGCUUUCACAGUGGCAAGCCAGAAGCCCACUAGUGGCAGCCCAGAAGCAGAACCCAGGGCCAAGAGCACUCUCCCCUUCCUGUGAUUCACAGCAACUGGUAUUCAGAAGCAUUGCUGCCUUCAACCACGAGGGCAAAGCAUAGCUGUCAUGGUUAAUAGCCAUCAAAUAGCCCUCUCCUCCUCCAUGAAUUUGUCCAGUCAUCUUUUAAAGCCAUCUAAGUUGGCAACCAUCAUUGCCUCCUGCGGGAGCUAGUUCCGCAGUUAAACUCUGUGCUGUGUGAAGAAAUCCUUUCUUUUGUCUGUCCUGAACCUUCUAGCAUUCAUCAUCGUUGGAUUCUUGCGACUUCUACUGUUACGAGGGAGGGUGAAGGCGACGGAGCAGAUCCAAGAGCAGGAAAAGCAAAUGUUGGAUUGACUAUUUGCAAGUUCUGCCCGAGUUGGCGUUCUUUUAAAAAAAUCCCAGAGAAGGGCAGGGCAGCCCUUUUCCCUAUUUCACUGCCUCCCAAAUUUGGAGGGGGUUUUUUUGGGGGGGGGGCAAGGGAGGCUGGGCUCUGGUUUCAGCUGGUAAGGAAGCAAAUGACAGGAAGGUGCUGUGUUGAGCUUGCCCCCCUUUCCCUCCCUCCCCGCCAAUACCUCCCUCCUCAUUUUUUUUUAACCGACAGAGGAACCUUUUACAAAAGGCUUAUUCUCUCGGGAACGGAGAGGCAGGAACGCAGCGUCUGUGAGUAAUUUCCUGCUCAAUAUGGCUGCCCUGACUCACUCCGUUCCCCUGGGGUCACUGCGGGUCUGUGGCGCUCCUGCUCUCUCGCUCUCUCCCCCUCCCUCCCCCCCCCCCCUCUGCUUGCCUACUUUUCUUCUCUCCCUUUGUGGCUAGAAUGAGCCACAGGGUUCUCUGCGUGUGUGUGUGUUUGUGUAUGUGUGUUAGUUUUUUCCUCCUCCCUAUUCCCCCCCCCUUUUCCUACUUCCAAACAAUAGCAAAAGGGCUUCAGUGAGAGCAGAUGUUGGUUUGGAAAAGCUGUGCCCGCCUGGGUGGGGUGUUGUUUGUGUUCUGGUUCUUUGGGGCACACAAGAGUCUGGUCCUUGCAAGCCAACCUGUUUUUCUUCAUUUUUUUCAAGAGGCAAUACCCAUUUUGAAUGCCACCAGCAAUCGGCCUGAAAUUUUAAAGCCUCGAGGGCCAGGAUGUUGGUGGUCAGGAGGGGACCAGCUUUCUUUGCACUACACAGAUUGUUACCAAAAAACCCCAGUGUGAAGCCCACAGACAGGACCUAGCACAAGAGGAGCUCUCCUCUCCUGCAGGUUCCAGCAGCUGGGUAUUUAGAAGUACUUCAGCCUCCAUCUGUGGAGGCAGAGUGUAGCCACUAUGGCCAGUAGCCAUUGAUAGCCCUCUCCUCCUCCAUCAAUUUGUCCAAUUCUCUUUUAAAGCCAACCAAGUUGGUGGUCAUCACAGUUCAAUUGCCAGCAUUUCCAAGAUGGGCUAGGCAGGUCACCUGCCUGGAGACCCAGCUUAGGCAAUAAUGAGCUAUACAGACCAAUGGUCCUGGCUUGGUAUGGAUAGGAUAGGAUAGGAUAGGAUAGGAUAGGAUAGGAGGAUCAUCUAUUCCGACCUCCUGCAGUGCAGGACUAUGCAGCUGUCCCUUAUGCAAGGCUGAUAACCUUGGUGUUAUCAGCACCACAUUCUAACCAACUGAGCUUCUUUUUUCCUAAGUUCAGGGACUUCCUACCGCCAAGGCAGAUGACCUGUGAACUGCGGUGUGGAAAGUAGGAGAAACCGCUGUUGCAACUUCAGCAUUUUCCCAAGUUCUUGAAGAUUAGGAGCUUGCAACAGUAAAGGUUUGCUCCAGUGCAAAGGCAUGCUCUUUUACUUUCCUUGAUUUUCCCCAUCCCACCUCCUCUCUUCGGAAAAUGCCAUGGCUGCAGUAAAAGGCAUAAUGCCCCUCAAUGGCCAUAGCUCAGUGAUUAAAGGACCUGCUUUGUAUGCAGAAAGUUCCAAAUUUAACCCUCACAGGCACCUGCAGGUAGGGCCAGGAGAGAGACCUUGUCUGAAACCCUGUGCCAGCCAGUGAAAAUGGUCCUGAGCUAGAUGAGACCUAGUGGUCUUGCUUCCUGUGGACGCGCUGCACUGUGCUGUCUCUUCAAAGAAGGAAACUUAGUACAGUCGUACCUUGGAAGUUGAACAGAAUCUGUUCUGGAAAUCAGUUUGACUUCCAAAAUGUUCAGAAACCAAAGCGUGGCUUCUGAUUGGCUGCAGGAAACUCCUUCAGCCAAUCGGAGGUCGUGGAAGCCCUGUCGGACGUUCGGCUUCCAAAAAUAGUUCACAAACUGGAACAGUCACUUUUGGGUUUGUGGCAUUUGGGAGCCAAAACAUUUGAGAACUAAGCUGUUCGAAAACCAAGGUGCGACAGUAUUUUAACCCACUGAGGGCUGAGCUCUUGACUGCUAUCAUGAGGAAUUCCAGCCAACAUUUUUGUUCUGGGAACUCAGGCACACAAGCCUGUCCUUCUGUAUGCAAGGGGGAAGUUUCCUGGGAAAUUUUUGGCCUAUCUUAUUUUUUCUGGCGCUCAUGUACGCUGACAGGAAGUGGAACUUAACAUCCAUUGCAGCUGUUGGGGGAGAACAGAGGAUAUUCUUUUUGUGGCUUCCUUUCUUUUUCCUUUUUACCCAGAGUGCUUCAGUGCUGAGGUCACCAGAUUCUAAACAUAUGACUGAGCUCUUUCUCUCCCUCCACUCCCAAACAUCCCUGUGUGCUCAUGAACACUCACCCACCCACAUCUUCUUAUAUACAUAAAAUGGUAAGGCUAUUGCCAUGUAGCCCCCAUUGGAAGGUUUGUAGUGCCUCAUCACAAUCCUGGAUUUGCAGUAAGGAACAACUCAACAGGCCACAAAAGUGAGCUUGCAUGGGAUGAGAAAGAAAAGCUUUUCUUUAGGAAUUCUUUAGCUGUGAUUCCUGCAUUGCAGGGGGUUGACGUAGAUGCCCAUUUGGGCCCUUUAUAGUUCUAUAUUUGAGGGGUUAAUGUGGAGGGAAUGGCCAAGGACUUGGCGAGCAGAGGAACCGCUAGUAUAUAUCUAUAGGCAUAGACAGGUGAACACACAGACACACACUGUGGGAUACUUUUUCACUUGUACAAACCUACCUGUAACAACAAACCGUUUGGGCUUCCUGCACUGGAAAAGUAAGUUCAGAAAUGCAGUCUGAUCCCCUCCUGCUUUUAGGGGAUAGCCGUGACUGUUUCGGCAGUUUUGGAUUUUGGAAGGGGGAGGGGGAGGAAGUGAGGUUUUCUUCUUCUUCAAAACACCCCUGCAUUGUCAAAAGUUCCUUAUUUUCCCAAGUUCCUUUUUUUGGCCUUGUGGUUGAUGAUGUCACUGAAUCUUCCCACAAGAAGUUUGCCUCCAUUCCCCCUGCCUUCCCUUGAGAGUAAGUUGCAUUCUCUGGGUGUGCCCAGAAUCUAUUUCUCUCUUCCGCCCCCACUUCCACUCCAGGCCCAAACUGAGUUCCCCCCACCCUUGUUUUCCCCUAACCUUAUCUGUGGAUUAUCUUGGUCUCUAGAAACUGCUGUAUUUUUUAAAAUAAUACUUUAUUGACUUAUACCUCACUCUUCCAUUAAAACAACAACCCACUAACAAUCAAAGCAAAACGUCUGUCAAACCAACAAUCGGUUGUUGUUGCCGUUGUUGCCCAGAACAUUAAACAGACACACAAUUUAAAAACAAAGCAAAAGCAUCCUAAAGCAGAUCAAAACAUUGCAAUCCAUUUUAGAAACAUUCCUAAAGCAAAUUACAAUUAAAACUAAAACAUUGUUAAAAACAUUAAGUUCAGCAACAAUGUUUUUAAAAUAUAUGAGUAGCAGAAAACCAUCUAGGGUGGUGGUUUGAUGACAAGAGAGUGAAAGGACGGCUGAAGGAGGAUAAGGAGAUUGUGGCAGCGAUGCUUUUGAAUCUCAGUCGCUGGCAGGCGCAGGAGGGGAGAGUGCUCUUAUGCUCAGAUCUUGCUUGGUUUCGCAGAAGAGGCAUCUGGUUGGCAACUGUGAGAACAGAUGCUGGACUAGAUGGGUCAGCAGGGCUCUUUUGAUGUUCUUAAAACAUUCUAAAAGCAAUUAUGAAUUAAAGAAAAAAUACAUCCAAUGAUAUUGGGAUUGUCAGGAGCAGUCUUUUUCAGCCAUCAGACGCCUGGGUAAACAGGAAUGUUUAAAAAUUUCUCUUGAAAGCAGAGGGAGACAGGAUGCACCUUGUUAGGGAAGGCAUUUUGCAGUGGGAGAGCAAACACCAAAAAGGCCCCAUCACAGGUCAGCAUCAGGUUUUGCUUCCAUUCUGCGUAGUAAAUUUAGGUGGCUAUAAAUGAUGGUGAUAAAUAAGGAGAAUAGAACAAUUGAAUCAUAGUGUAGUGUUUGGGUCCCUUCACUGCAGGGAGUAGGACUAGGGUCAUGAUGCCUGGGGUAAGGAGGAGGAUGCCUUUGUGCACAUGUCAGGAGGAGGAACAGCAGAGUCCAGUACUGGAGCCAUGCUAGAGGGGAAUGGUGUAAGCACCAGAGCUGCCCUGCCCUUGUAUUUCUGCAGAACAGAUUUCAUUGGCCUGGAUGAUGGCAUCCAGUGGGAAAUAAGGAGUGCAGAUCAAGUAGCUGUGUGGUUAAGGACAUUGGGGACAUCCUGUCCAGUGGUGGUCUGGAACGGGGUGUGCCAGUGCCUUGUGGUGAUGGCUUGUCUGUGUCUUGUCUUCCAGAUGAAGACAGGCCCAUUUGCUGAGCACUCCAACCAGCUGUGGAACAUUAGCGCUGUCCCUUCAUGGGCGAAGGUCAACCAAGGCCUCAUUCGCAUGUACAAAGCAGAGGUAAGGUCAAAGCAGAGGGAGGUGGGCCUGGAGCAAAACCUCUCUCCAGCUCAAGUUGUGGGGUGGGUGGGUGUUGAAAGAGGCCCCAGCCAAAUGUUCUCUUUGUCUUCUUCCCAGUGCCUGGAGAAGUUCCCUGUGAUCCAGCACUUCAAGUUCGGCAGCCUCCUCUCCAUUCAGCCUGUUGCAUCUUAAGGAGGUUUUGGAGGGUAUUCUUUCCCCCAUUUCUGGAAAAAAAGAGAGGGGGUCAGAAAACACUGGAGAGAGCAGAGUGAAGGGCCAGAGCUCUGCCCAUUCAGCCCCACCCCCGGCCCUCAGGCAAUGCAGUCCAUUCAUUUCCGCGGAUUAUUUUUUUCCAACUUUUGGGGAUGUGGGACAAACCACCAGGAAGAUUUUCUGACUCUCUUAAAGACCCCUCCCCCUGCAUUUUGAAGAAGGGAAAACCCGCCUUGGAAUGUGAUCCCAUGACUUUUAACACUGGACCACAACAGUAUGUGCCCUCUCUUUCGCUCUCCCUCCCCCUGCACAGGACUAUCCUUUGCGCCCAUUGCUUUUGUUCUAUUUUAUAUCUAUAUUUUUAAAAGCUUGCUGUAUUUCAGUCUAGGGAAUCCAGUCUGAUAUCAUCCUGAGGGGCUCCACAUUUCCUAUCUGAGGCCUCCCUAAAUGUUUUUAUUCCUGGUUGCAAAAGUGUAAGAGGGCAUCUGUGUUCUCCCCUCCCUCCCCCCCCCCCGUCAUCUUAGUUAUGGGUCCUGUCUACAUCAUCAAAACCUGUCUCUAACCUACUUGAGCUGUGACUUGGCUCCUUCGCAGAGAAACUAGGGGCUAGUAGUUUAGGGAGGAAAUGGGGUGCUCUCCCUCCCAUUUCCAGUACUGUUGCCAAACUAAAUGUGUUAUGCUUUUGGAGAGAGGCAGGACCAUCAGUUCAGCUUCAAGCUGGUUCAGAUGCAUCCCAUUUCAUGAUCCCCUUGGAGGCAACAUGUUGUCAAGUGCUCCCUCCCUCAGGUUCCUCGCAAACAGGUUCACAGAACAUUUUUGCAGGCACCAACUAAAAAAAAAAACUACCCUCCAUCCACAUACAAAGAGGGUUUGUCUGUCGGGGGGGUUGCUGCAAAGCUUUUGGGUGAUCUUUGCAAUAAAAAAUAAAAAUUCAGAGAGGUGUUCAAGAACGUGGCUGUAUGCUCCCCUUGCAAGGUCUGCUGGGCUGCUUCAGAAAGACCUGGGCUUUACUUCAUUCAACCCAGGCAGCACUCAGGGCUUUUUGCUACACUUGGCAGGGCUCUUAACAAUUUGAUUGAGUGCUGCCUGGGUCCUGUACAGCCUUGAGUCCUACACCGUGCAAAGUUUUGUGCAGGUGAUAAUUAAUUUUGGCUUGUAUUUUUACAGAGGGUUGCUUGAGAGCUCCUUUUCCUAGGAGCUAGUGGAAGAACUGAGAGCCAAAGGUUUGCUAGGCUGAGCAAAACUGGUUUGAGCUCACUGGGAACUGUCCCAACUCUAAACUAGGCAAAAGACCUUGCCGUGCCCUGCCUUGGUGUUAAUUCUUUGCUUCUUUCAACCACAGGAUCACCCUUCCCCACUGCUAAUUACUAAAUUCUGAUGGUAGGUUAUUUUUUAUUUUACACGUUGGAGAUAGCCUUUAAAAAUAAUUUUCAGCAUUGCCAAAAAUUGCCUUUAUUGUCCCCUUUUCCAAUGGCUGGACUUCUUUUGGCUGGCGGGUUCAUGAGUGUGGACCUUUGGGUGUUCAGAGGUGGCUCCACCUUGGCUGAACACUACCUCUGCUCUAGACCUUGUUCUAAUCUCGGCACUCUUGACUGGUUCCAAGGGAAUGGAGCAUUUUGAAGGUCUCCCUUAUUUCUUUUCUUUUGGAGUCUUGUGUGCAAGUUCAUGUUUAAACAGACCCCAAAAAAGGAGGGUUCAGCCACUUUGUGUGGACUGCACACACUACUCUUAUCCUGCUGUGAGUUUGCAGCCUCUUUAACUCUUGGUGUGGAGCUUUGUGAGAGAGAUGUGCAACCCUUCAUACGUUGUUUUACUCCCAACUUCCAUCAGCACCAGCUGCGAGUCCUAACAACAUUGGGAGGGCUAACAACAUUGGGAGGGUCCCGCCCCUGAUCUAAGUGGUAGGCAUGAGAAGGAAGGUGCAUAAAUGCAGGGGUUGCACCCCCCUCCCAUUUGCAUAUCCUACGUGGAAAAACCAGCACAAAAUCAUUAUAUGUGUAAUAGCUGGAGAUGAGCUUUCUUUUGACCCAUCCAGUUAAAAACCACACCCCUUUUCCACAUUUAACCCUCCACACACUUAGUUGGAGAUAGACAACUUAAAGAAGUUUGGAGUUGGCUUGAGAGAGAGUGGUUUCACAUUUCAGGGACUGAAGCAUUAAUGUUUCAUUUUGCUCUUGCCUCUGGGUGAAACAGGCUUGGCAGGUUUUGGAACUAAAAGCUUGGCAAACCUGUUUAUCGAAGAUGUGUCUGCCAGGGCAGCGGGCUCCCUUGGCCAGCUUGAAAAUUGGAACAGGAUACCUCCCUGUUAAUGUAUACACACCAUCCUUUGAGAAGGCCUAAUUUUGGCACUCAUUGAAUGCAUCAACCAUUAGUGGUGUAACAGCUGCCUCCUCUUUCGUCUUUUGCAAAAACCUGGGUCCUUCAUUGUAGCUCAACUCCUCCCAUGGACCACCCACCCUCCUGUUCCUUGGGCAUGGUUUCUGUCGCCUCUGCUGACUGUUGCAAACACCCCCCACCCAAGAAGCGCAUGUAACUCCCCUUGGCCUAGAAUCACCACCUGACAAGGCUCUCUGUGCAUGGCACUCUUUCCUGACUCCUCUGGUUUCCUCUAGCAUUGUGGUUUGAAUUAAAAAGAAGAAAAAGUUUCAUGUUUUGCAUCUAAUGGCUGUCGUGGUUUGUUCGGCGUGAGGGGUUGGUACAGUCGUAUGGAAGGGGAUGGGGCAGAAUUUUUUUUCUGGCAGCACUGAAAGCCCUGGGUUCAAUCCCUGACAUUUGGACCAGCCCAAGACAUUCUGCUGCUUGAGGCAAAACACAAAAUGCUGCUCCCCUGUCACUGCCUCCUUCUCUGCCCCCAUUGCUGCUACUGGUGCCUCAUCCUCUGCUGCCACCUGAGGCAGCUGAAGGUGGCCUGGGGAAGCCUUGGUGCAUUGAAGGGGAUGGUGAUGAGUGACAAGUAAAGGAGGCAUCAAGUACUGUGCUCCUUGGGAGCCCAGAUCUGCUGCUCCUCCCAAAUGCAGUUGCCUUACUCUGGAUAGAGGGUGGGUUGGCCCUGCAUGACAUCUCUAGGUAGGUUUGGGUGACACCCCUGACCCUGAAAUCCUGGAGAGCUGCUGCCAGUAUGUGUAGACAGUACUGAGCUAGAUGGACCAAUGGUCUGACUCUGUAUAAGGCAGCACCCUAAUGCUCCUAUUUAAUCUGGCCUUUUAUUCAGAACUAUUAGGACUAGUUUAUUACUUUAUUUAAAAGGAAGGGCCAUAGCUUAGAUGUAGGACACCUGCUUUGCUUGCAGAAAAUCCCAGGUUUGAUUGUGACCUGAAUCUUCAACUGCCAGUCAGUGUUGACAGUACUGAGCUAGUUCUGAUUCAGUAUAAGGCAGGUUCCAAUGUUCCCAAGAAGGGCUGUAGUUUAAUGGCAGAGCAUCUGCUUUGCUUGUGGAAGCUUGCGGGUUCAGUCCCAGACAGCAUCUCCAGGUAUGGCUGGGAAUGUUCCCUCCUUGAAACCCUAGAGAGCUGCUGCUGGUUUGUGUAGAUAGUACUGAGCUAGAUGACCAAUGUUCCCAUUAUCCCAUUAAAUUCAGCCCUUUAUUCAGAACCUUGAGGACUAGAAUUUUACCUUUAUGGCAGUGGUUUUCAACCAGUGUACCGUGGCACCCUGGGGUGCCUUGAAUGAUGGAGUGCCGUGGGCAACACAGGUCCUUGUCCCUUUUUCCUUCCCUCUCUGCUUUGAUGCCCUCUCACAUCUCUGCCUCCCAAAGGCUUGCACAGCUGUUUGUUGCAGCAGCCCUGGCUACAAGCUCUCCAGGUGAAUGGUGCCUCUGGGGCUGGCCAGGGGGUGCUAGCUGCCAGGAGCUGAGGCAGCCUCAGAGUAAGCAAGCAAGUGGGCGAGGGAGCCCAGCCAGCCAGUCUGCCAGCCCUUGCUAUUGGGAGUGGACAGAGGGUCCCAGGCCCCUGUGGGACAGUGUGAGGUGGCACCUCUCUUUGGGGCAGGGGCGGGGGCAGCUCAGAGACCAGGGAGAGGGGAGAGGAGAGGAAGCUGAAGGAACACUCUACAAGGGAGGGUGUUCGUAAAAGGGUAAGAGGCUGCCAGUUCUACAGGCAAGGGGUGACACAACGGGGCUCCUGAGCCCCACAGGAGUGUCACAGAAAUAACAUAGUUGGUCAAGGGAGCCAUGGACUCGAAAAGGUUGAAAACCUGCUUUAGGGGAUGCAAAAGGCUGCAGGUUCAAUCCUCAGCAUUGCCAGGUUUGCCUGGGAAUAAAACCUCAAACCCAGUUUGAUCUGCUCCAAAAACAGAUCAAAGCAGAUUACCUUUAACCCAUCUCAAACUUGAGGCUCCACCCAUUUCCCCCUCUGCCCGUGCCCACUACUGCAGUGCGGGCCCUGGGAUUGAAAGAAAGUCCCCCAGCCUAGUUUAAUGGAAUGUUAAUCCUGUAACGGACCUUCAUGUACUCACCAUAGAAUAGUUGCAAACCAGAACACAUUCUGAGGACCAGUCCCUGCCCUGAAACGCUUACAAGCUAAAAAUAAGCCCUCUCUAUGCCUUAAAACAGAAGAUCUGCAAAGCGAGGGCAUGGCAGGGAAGUGUGUGUUGGGGAAGGCUGAGCUCUGCCUGUCUUCCUACAGUUUGCCCUGUCAGGCCUUAUUUCCUUGUUUGUUUGUUGAAUUUAUAGCCCACCUUUUUAUCCAAGGAGCUCAAGGUGCUAUACAUGCUUCUCUCCCUCCUCAUUUAAUUCCUAACAACAUUGAUAGGUAGGUUAUAGGCUGAGAGGCAGUGUUUGGCCCAAGGUCACCUAGUGAGUUUCAUGGCAGCGGGGUGGGGGCUGAACCUGGUCUCCUUGGUCCUAGUCUGACACUUUUAACACAGCCUUUCUCAACCUUUGGUCCCCAUAUGUUGUUGUACUACAGCUCCCAACAUCCCUAGCUAGCAGGACCAGUGGGAAGGGAUGAUGAGAAUUGUAGUCCAACAUCACCUGGGGACCCAAGGUUGAGAAAGGCUCCUCUAACCACUGUACCACACUGGCUCUUUUCUGCCUGCUGCUAUGCUCAGCCUCCAUUGUGGGUGGCAGCGAUGCUUCUGAAUACCAGCUACUGGAAACCUUAGGAGGGGAGAGUGCUGUUGUGCUUGGCCACUGUGGGAACAGGAUUCUGGACUAGAUGUGCCACUGACCUCAUUCAUAGUCUGCCUCUGCUGUUGGAGGCAGUAAUGUAUCUGAAUACCAGUUUCUGCAAAUCACAAGUGGGGAGUGUUCUCAAAUCCUGUUUUUGGACCUUCCUGUUGAGGCAUCUGGGUGGCCACUGAGAAGAGGGCUAGAUGGACCAUUGGCCUGACCUAGCAGGGCUCUUCUUAUGUUACUAUGUUUGAAGCAAUUAAACUACUAAAUGUAACAGCUCUAGAUAAAACUGUAUGCAACAGUUGCAUAGUCUUUUUAACAUUCCUCUGGGGUUGAUUUACCGUAAUUAAAACUGAAAUUUCAACAGGAAUUUGAUCCAAAGGAGUGUGUUGCAAAACAUUUAGAAGACUUUUGGAAGAAUUGUUUACUUUUUCAAGCCCUUCAGUCAAGCGUUCCAAGUUGGUUUCAUCAGUCAUCGCUAUCAGGAGGCUAUCAGGGAAGAAACUCUCUGAAGGUUGCAAUCUUAGGUCUGCUUACUCAGGAGUAAAUCCUAUUUAUCUGGAGCUUUCUUCUGUGCAAAAACCCACAUUGACCUUUUGAGCUGCAAAUGAGUCAAAUCCAAAUUGCAUUUUCCACUGUUUGUGGUGCUGGUCAUUGCUUUGGCUUUAAGGAGCAAACUGGUUUUUUUUUUUUUUUUUAAUGAACUGUUCAAAACAAGAAGACCCCAUAAAGUAGGGAUUUAUUUCCUGGUCAAACUACAGGGAGGAACUAAUGCAUAUGGGAUUUUUACAAACAGAAAACAGAAAGUGCUAGAUAGCCUAUUUUCCUAGUAAAAUAAAGCAUGAUGCCGUAUUUAUGAACCCACACUCCUAGAUGCCACCUGGCUUCUGCCCUCCUCAAGGCUGGCUUAAGAGCAUGGACAGGCAACAGAACCUCUAUAAUAGCUCAGUAUCCACAGUAUCCAGGUUCAAUCCCCAGUGGCAUAUACAGGUAGGUAUGGGAAUAUUCCCUGCCUGAGAGCCUGGAGAGCUGCUGCAAAUCAGUAUAGACAGUACCGAACUAAAAGGACCAAUCGUCUCUAACCCUAAGUAGGACAGCUUCCCAUGUUCUCAUUUAAUCCAGCCCUCCUGAAUAAUGAUGACUAGAACCUUUAUUUUUAGGGGAAGGGCUGUAGCUCAUGCUUUGCCUAUAGAAGGACCCUUGCUAAUUCAUCUGGGUGUCAUGGGCUACCAUUUUUCUGCUUUCCGGGUUGCGUGGAAGACAUCUAAGCCACUUCUUAGUCUCCUGUUUUAAGGCAAGGGUGGAAAAAACAGUCAAUUUCUUUGCAAUCCUUUUAAAGCAAUCAAAGUAAUCGGGUGCCAAAGGUCACCUUUCUAGACCACAUGGAACAGCCUUAAUCAUUAGAUGUAGCUAUCAGGAAUUACUAGCUACAGUGGAAUCAGCUGAGCAGCUCAUCAUGCCAUUGGCCAGGAAAACCCAAUGCCUUCAUCCUAUGUGUAUCCAGGAGGGUGAAAACACACUCUUUGCAUGCUCAGAUGUCUGUUCCUACUGUUAUUAAUUUGCAAAUCCUUGUAGCUUGGGGGGCUGAAAGCAGAGGUUGACCUUGUGCUCCCAAACAAAUCACACACACCCCGUUUAAUUUUUUUUCUUCCAAGGAUGAGUUCAUUUUAUCUAGCUAAUUCAAUCACUGUUCUUUGAGAGAGAUGCCUGAGAGCAGUGUUUGGAAACCAGGAACAAAAAUCAAGAAAGCGGUAAGCCAAUAUGAGGGAAAGAUGCUGGGGAGAGGGCAAAAUUUGCCUGUCACCUCCCUUGCAGCCUGAGUGUUACUGACAUCAUGAUUAAUUUAUCAGGUGCUUAUGAAUAUGCAUAUAAGGCUGGGUUUGGGCUUUCAGGAGAGAGAGAGACUGACUCUUGUCAAGAAGCAAACUCUGUUCCUGCACAGCCUGCACCACUGUGCACGUCUGUACCCAUUUGUCUGUGUUAUUUAAAAAUAAAAUAAAUGGAUUUCACUGCUG